AUGCCAAAAUUUGGAAGAAGGUACCACCCUCACAUCAUACGUUUUUGCCUGUCUGUUCAUGCAAAGUCUCCAGCAGCAUAUAGAGAACUGCGAGAUUCGGGUAUUUUGGUUCUGCCUAGUGAACGAACAUUAAGAGACUACCGAAAUUUUUUCAAACCAAGGGCAGGUUUUAAUCCUGAUAAUAUUGAGAGGCUGAAGAAUCAAGCAAGUCAGUAUUUUGACAUCCAGCGGUAUGUUGUCCUUUCAUUUGAUGAAAUGAAAAUUCAGUCAAAGCUGGUCUUUGAUAAGCAUUCCAAUGAGCUCAUUGGCUUUGUAGAUCUUGGAGAAGAGGAGUUGAAUCUAAGUAGUGGAUCAUCUGACCUAGCAACACAUGCCCUGGUAUUCUUUGUACGUGGUGCUGCUAGUGAUUUGAAGUACGUCCUUGGUUACUUUCUGACCAAAGAUGUCACCUCCUACCAGAUUAUGCCCCUGUUUUGGAAAGCAGUGUCAGUGCUUGAGCUGGAGUGUAAUCUCUGGGUCAUUGCAGCUGUGUCUGAUGGAGCUUCACCUAAUCGUCUUUUUUAUCAACUGCACGCUGAUUUGGUAGAACCCGGCUGUGAUGAUGUGAUAAAUUACACACCCAACCUCUUCGCUCCAAGCGGAAAUAUCUACUUUUUCUCCGAUGCUCCACAUUUGUUAAAGACGACAAGAAACUGUCUCUUCAAUUCUGGUAGUGGUAAGCGAACAAGAUAUAUGUGGAACAAUGGUAGAUAUAUGCUAUGGGAUCAUGUUGCCCAGCUCUAUUACUCAGAUCUCGACAGUGGUUUACAUCAAUUGCCAAAGUUGACAGUAGACCACAUUUUGUUGAAAUCUUAUUCAAAGAUGAAAGUCAGCUUGGCAGUUCAGGUGUUGAGCAAUGCGGUUGCCCAAGCUCUUCAACGUCAUUUUCCAUCGGGGGAAGCACAGGAAACUGCUACGUUGUGCAAAAUGAUGAACGAUUUCUUUGAUUGUUUAAAUGUACGUUCCACAACCGAGCAUCAAAGAAAACGCAAUGCUUUACUUGCCCCAUACCGUACUGUGAGUGAUGAGCGAUUCCAUUGGCUGCAAAAUGUAUUUCUGGAAUACCUGAAAAGUUGGAAAUCAUCAAGCGAAUUGAGAGAAGGGGAUUUUUCAGAAGAUGACAGAGGACGUAUGUUUCUGAGCAUACAAACAUUCAAUGGACUAAAGCUGACAGUUACUUCAGCCAUCGCAGUGACAAAAUUUUUGUUGAGUGAAGGAUUUGAGUUUGUGCUCACAGAACGCUUUUGCCAAGAUGAUGUUGAAGAGUACUUUGGCUACCAACGUGCACAAGGGCGGAGAAGUGACAACCCCACAGCUGCUGAGUUUGGCUACAACGACUUAAAAAUUGCCACCCUCAGAGAUGUUGCACCCCACUCGAUCAAAGGAAAUGUCUCUGGUCGACACUCUGGUAAGAGAAGUAAGUGGUAUGAUGUGAGUCAAGAACCUCUUCCCAAGAGAAAAGCAACUGCAAAGAAACAAGAUUAA